AUGUUGUUGGACACAUACCUACCUCAGUACGAGCUGUCGCUCUUCCAGCGCCUCCUGCUUAUUUGGCUGUUCAUCGCCACUGGGCUGGUUCUCGCGCUACAGGCAUCGCAAUCGGUGGCUGAUCCGCGACCGAGAUGGACUUUGUUGAAUAAGGAACAAAAGCCCUACUGGUACACCUUCUACGUCUUCGCGGCUUUCAUGCUGUUACAGGUCACGUACCGCCCCCUGCUUUGGAAUAUGGAGGGCAUGCUGGGUGGUUACGAGGUUGCGAUCCUGGACGGACUUUGGAUUGGACUUUUGGGGUUAGAGGCAGUUAUGAUUGUUUCUGUGCUGGUACUCGGGAUUGUCAGGACCGCGAAGCCGGCGCAAAAGAUAAAGGAGUCGUAG